AUGUUGCCCCUAGUCCAGACGCACCAUACGGUGCAACAACCGCCAAACUUCGAGCCCGUUCCGGAUUUUCAGCGACAGCAGAAUCACCUCCAACUGCAGCAGGAUAGUCAGCCAUUCCCUACCACGCACGCUUAUACAUCUCAUCAUUGUAUGGGCAGCUUACCCUCUGAUUCUGCAAGCAACCUUUUUGUUGACGGCAAGACUCCGAGGACCUUUCCCAUUCGAAACUCUCAUCCAACUCCACCACUCCAGCGACGGGCUGCGACUACCGCCGGACUGCUACAAGUUGUUGACCAGCCAGAACACCAGUUGCGACGCAAGACACCAAAUGGUACGAUCGACGCAGGCUAUGAUGGCUCGACUGCCCAUCUCGCGUCAGGCCCCCCACCACUGAAGCAGAUGAUUCUGCCAGCCGCGCCAACUGCCUACACUGCGAAUCGCCUUCAAUCUGCCACCGCCCUGAACCGACAUUCUAGACUGAUUCCGGGCACACAGGGCCGUAGCUCCCUAUCCGUCGUUUACGAUCGAAUCACUGAGAACAACAACACGACGUCUCUCGCAUAUAAUCCAUGGGUGCACGGGCUGGAGUUGUCACACCAAUCAUUGCCAAGCGCCAGUUCCUUGGGUUCCCAAGUUCUCGAUCCUUCACAACACAGGUUUAAUACUCCUAACAUAUCUUCUCUUUUUGAUUCCGCUGCGCAGUCACGUCCUCGGUCUGCGUCUUUCCACAUCAACCCUUUCUUUCCAGGAGGGCUUCCUGCAGACGGCGCUGCUGCAGCCCUUGUCCCAGGGCUUCUUCAGUCAGCACAUCCUUGGUAUCCUGCGCCUCAACCAGGGCCCAGCUACGUUGGACCACCCUCCUAUCAUACGCCGUCUCCGUCGACGUACGACUAUCGAUUGUCCCAUUUUCCUAAUCAAACAAAUCGCCCAUCAGCUCAUUUUACCCCGCCAGAUACCUAUUCCCAUCACGCGUACGGCACAGGCUACCUACACCCAGCGCCAUUCAACUUGGAAGCGUUAACACUAGAGCCAAACCAAGCCGGUGGCAAUAUCAGUUCAACCACUGGGACAUCACCCUCUAACUUCAGGGAAAAGGUGCUUGCUCAGGCUCAUCGGAGUUAUGUUGAUUUGCUUGCAUAUCUACAUCAUGGUCGAAAGACUCAACAACUCCGGCCGGGGUCUGCCUUAAGCACCACGUCAAGAAUGGUGGUGUACCCUAAGCCGCCAAAGCAACCAGCAGCUGCAAACUCUUCAGUCUCUUAUUAUUCAGGGGAUAUGGCCACAGCGGCCAGCAUGCAGUUGAAGGCCAACUCAAGCGGGGAUGUAUUUCUUGGGUCUUCGACGAAUAGAAUGCAAAUGCCACCCCAAUCUAUUGUAUGGGAUGGCACCCCUCCGGAUGUAAGGGGCAGUGUCUUCCCGAUCGUCAGCUCGGCGAGUUCAUUAUUUUCAAAUCAAUCCAGGCGAAGCUCGCCAUUCAUGAAUGCCAAAGGGUCUUUGGAACUGCUCACUCAUUUUUGUGAGCAAAGCGGGUGGAAAUGGAUUGACGGUGUCCUGCUUGGAGGAUGUCUUCAUUACGGCCUAGAGCACUUCGAGGAUGCAUUGGAGUGGUUCAAUCGGGUUAUUACCUUGGAUCCUAAUCAUGUAGAAGCGCUGUCCAAUAUGGCAGCCACUCUAUACUGCCUUAACCGACAAGAGGAAGCGGAAACUUGCUGGUUGAAGGCUAUUAGAACUCGACCACAGUACCUCGAGGCUGUUGAGCACCUCGUGGGUCUUCUUUACAGGAAGAAGAGUUUCGAUGCUGUUGAAGUUAUCAGCUUUGUCCAGAAGUCGUUAAAAAUGCCAAAGGGCCGGUUAGGGACUGUAAGCUCUGGCUCCGCUCCAGCGGUUUUGCUUUCGAGCACUUCGUACGACAAUACCAUCCAGCCCGGCUUUGGAUCAAGCGGAUACGCGAUCCCGGGCAGCGAGAACGGACGUAUCCUCGCUCUUGUCCAUGCCAAAGGUACUAUGUUGUACAGUCUGAAAGAUGUUGCAGGGGCAUCCGAAGCCUUCGAGGAAGCAGUUUUGAUCAGUACGGGAAGACAGACAUCUUCUAUUCAGGCACUAGUGCAGCAAAUCCAGACAGUCCUCUGCCCUGACCUUGGCCUUGGCAAAGCCUCUGGACCGGCGGUUCCUGCGCGCCCAUUGCUUUUGCCUCCCGAAAAAGCGAGGUGUACUGCGAAGCUAGUAUUUUCUGGAAAUGGCGAACUCCCUGGUUUACGAUUCGUGCCUGAAGGCGGACCCAAAAGGGCAGCUGUCCAGACUACGAGCAACUCUCUACUUUCCUUGGCUAAAAUCUUCCAGGAUGCCAUGUCAUCCGGAUCCGCGUCUGCUAGACUCGUGCGGAAGCCUGCCGGGGUCGGAGAUAUCCUGGCUCUCUACUAUUUGUCGUUGUCUCUUCAAGAAAGCCCGUCAACAGCUAACAAUGUUGGAAUUCUCCUCGCUAGCGUUCAGCAGUCAGCUACAGCCAUGUCGCCUGGAACCUUAUCAUCACAGCCCAACGUACCUGGCAUACCCCCAGGUAGCGGAUUGGCGCUGGCUCUUUCAUACUACAAUUAUGGCUUAUUGUUGGAUCCAAAACACGUUCAUCUGCACACAAAUCUCGGAAGCCUUCUCAAAGAUAUUGGGCAGCUGGAUUUGGCCAUUCAGAUGUAUGAGCAAGCUGUCCAAUGUGAUGGCAACUUCGACAUUGCUUUGACGAAUCUCGCGAAUGCGGUCAAAGAUCGUGGGCGAAUCAACGACGCCAUUAUAUAUUACAAGCGCGCAGUUAAAUCGAAUCCCGAGUUUGCUGAGGCUGUAUGUGGACUUUCUACGGCUCUGAACUCAGUUUGUGACUGGAGGGGCCGAGGGGGAGCGCUGAUUCAACAGGGAAGGUUCGAUCGCUGGCAUGUGGACGAUGACGGCAUGCUGGUGGACGCACGAAUCCAGGGGCGGGGAACUGGCCUCACAAAGAAGGUAACCGAUAUUGUCGCACGCCAGCUCGAAGACGCAUCAACAUGGGGUAUAGGUGCAUUGCAGGAGAAUGAGAUUGCCCAUCUAGCAUCCCAACUUCAACUGGUUGAUUCCCAGGAGGUGCAAACAUCAGUUACUUUCGCCUCGCUACUUCGAACCUGGUCUAAGUGUCCCUGGGAGGGAUCUCGAAUACUGAGGCUUGUGGAACGAGCUACACGAGCUUCAAUGCGGAAAUGGUAUUGCGACAGACAUAUCCGAGGAAUCAGGACAUUUUUGAAAUACGAACGACCACGGCUACCGUCCAACUUGACUGUCCCCUCAGCCCCGACCGUCCUCCCCUUUCACACUUUCACUUGUCCGUUAACAGCCAAAGACAUCCGAAUGAUUUCCCAGCGCAAUGCUUUCAGAAUCUCUUGUUCAACGCUAAGGUCACCCUGGUUACCCAGCACCGUAUAUCCACCACCUUGCCCUCCUUCGCCACAUCUCAACGUCGGUUACGUAUCCUCGGAUUUUAACAACCAUCCUUUAGCUCACUUAAUGCAAUCUGUGUUUGGCUUUCAUAAUAGGGGUCGCGUAAAGGCGGUUUGUUACGCCACGACGGCAAGUGACAAGUCCAUACACCGCUUGCAAAUUGAACGAGAAGCACCGGUAUUUCGAGAUGCAAGCACCUGGUCUUCAGAUAAAUUAGUAGAACAAAUCGUGCAGGAUGGGAUUCACAUUCUUGUUAACCUGAAUGGGUACACGAGAGGCGCUCGGAACGAGAUCUUCGCGGCCAGGCCAUCCCCGAUUCAGAUGUCAUUCAUGGGGUUUGCUGGCACCUUGGGUGCUGAGUGGUGCGACUACCUCCUUGCGGACACUACUGCCAUUCCCCCUGACACAUUGCGGCCGUGGCGUGGCAACCUCAGUAUUCACGAUGUGUUCAAAGACAUGACAGAAGAAGAUGCAGGCGACUGGGUUUACUCGGAGAACAUUAUCUUCUGUCGAGAUACGUUCUUCUGCUGCGACCACGCACAAUCGAGUGAACCAGAUGAGCAUAAGGUCUCCUGGGAGGAUGAGCAACGCCGAAGAUGGACGAUGCGCAAAGAGCUGUUUCCAAACUUGUCUGACGAUACAAUCAUUCUAGGAAACUUUAACCAGCUUUACAAGAUCGACCCAACAACGUUUCGAACAUGGCUUCGCAUCCUUGCGCAUGCUCCCCGUGCUAUACUUUGGCUGCUGCGAUUUCCUGAACUAGGAGAAACCAAUCUGCGGAGAACAGCCAAAGCUUGGGCAGGCGAAGAGGUUGCGAGUCGUAUCAUUUUUACAGAUGUAGCGCCCAAGAACCAACAUAUCUCCCGGGCUCGAGUCUGUGAUUUGUUCCUCGACACACCGGAAUGCAACGCUCAUACUACGGCCGCAGACGUACUAUGGUCCAGCACCCCACUUUUGACCUUGCCUCGCUACCCACAUAAGAUGUGCUCUCGGAUGGCAGCCUCGAUUUUGAAGGGCGCGUUGCCUAAAAACAACCAAGGAUCAGAAGCGGCGAAAUAUCUCAUUGCUAGCAGUGAAGAGGAGUAUGAAGAAUUUGCCAUUAGACUGGCGAACGGCCUAUCUUACCAAAUCAGCCGCGGGGGGUAUGGCGAGGGAACAGGUCGACUGGCAACCUUGCGCAAGCUCCUUUGGGAUAGUAAAUGGACCUGCGCCCUUUUUAACACAAGACGAUGGGUGGCUGACCUGGAACGUGCCUAUGAAGAAGCAUGGCGGCGAUGGGUGGCGGGUGAAGACGGAGACAUCUACCUGUAG